CAUCGCUUGUUUCCUUGCGCUGACCCUCCUGAUCCUUUCUCGCCAGCCCGAACCGUCGCUCCCACGAGCCCCCUGCCUGCGUCUGACGGUUUCACUUGCGAUCGGACGGGCCCGUCAUCCGAUCAACUGGGGACGAAGUUACUUUGCGAUGGUACAAAGAAGUUGUCCCUCUACCAUCACCACCAACACGACGUCUACUCGCCAGUGCAACGGAGCUCAAACACACCCACACGCAGAUAAAGAGGAGGAACGAUUCUAGAAAGGGCAUCCACAGUGUCUCCGCAAUGCAUAUCAUCAAGCCAGUGUGGCUAACACAUGGGGGUGAACGGAAAGAUUUCGAGGUGUAUAGUUGCGAUGUUUCCCCCGAUGGGAGUCGUCUAGUGACAGCGGCUGGAGAUGGAUAUGUUCGGAUUUGGUCGACGGAUGCUAUUUGCAACACCGACGACCCGCAGUAUGCCAGUAAGCCGAAACAGCUGGCGUCGAUGAGCAACCAUUCCGGAACGAUUCACACGGUGCGAUUCUCGCCAAAUGGGAAAUACCUGGCGUCGGGGGCCGAUGACAAGAUUGUGUGCAUUUAUACGCUGGACGCUAACCCGCCGUCUCAUGCGUCGACGUUCGGAUCAAACGAGGCACCUCCAGUUGAGAACUGGCGCACGAUUCGGAGAUUGAUCGGUCACGAUAACGAUGUUCAGGAUUUGGGUUGGUCGUACGAUUCUUCGAUUUUGGUGUCGGUUGGGUUGGACUCGAAGGUCGUGGUGUGGUCUGGAACGACAUUCGAGAAGCUCAAGACUUUGUCUAUCCACCAGAGUCAUGUCAAGGGGAUUACGUUCGAUCCCGCAAAUAAAUACUUCGCUACGGCGAGCGAUGAUCGCACGGUUCGGAUCUUCCGGUUCACAUCUCCGGCUCCUAAUUCCAGCGCACACGACCAAAUGAACAACUUCAUCCUUGAGCAGACCAUUUCUGCGCCGUUCUCCAACUCUCCUCUGACGGCCUACUUCCGCCGAUGCUCCUGGUCCCCAGAUGGUAUGCACAUCGCCGCUGCCAACGCAGUAAACGGCCCCGUCAGCUCCGUUGCGAUAAUCAACCGGGGCUCGUGGGAUGGCGAUAUCAAUCUUAUUGGGCACGAGGCGCCGGUUGAAGUUUGCUCGUUCUCUCCGCGGUUGUACUCGCCUCAACCGGCCACCAAGCCGGCAGUGGAUAGUCAAGGGCAUGCGGUGCAGAACGCCGUUACGGUCAUUGCCUGUGCGGGCGGUGAUAAAUCGCUCAGUAUCUGGAUCACCAGUAACCCUAGACCGAUUGUUGUUGCACAGGAGCUAGCCGCGAAGUCCAUAUCCGACCUUGCAUGGAGCCCGGACGGCAAAUGCCUCUAUGCCACCGCUUUGGACGGAACCAUUCUCGCAGUACGGUUCGAGGACGGGGAUCUAGGCUAUGCGAUGGCGAUGGAGGAAAAUGAGAAGUCGCUCACCAAGUUUGGCACGAAUAGGAAGGGCGCGGGCAUCACAGAGACCACAGAUGGACUGCUUCUUGAGGAGAAGAGCAAAGCUGGGGAGAUCAAAGGGGUUGAGGGCCGCAUGGGGGCUUUGAUGGGUGACGAUCAUGCUGCGACAGACAACACAGUCAACGGCAAACCGGGCUCGGGGGCAUCGAACGGUGUGACGCCGGCACGCGUAGCGUCUCCUCCACCAGAUGCACCGAAAGCUCAACCGAACGGGACCGCAGCAACGCCUGCGGCGCCAGAACCAGAGAAGCCCGAUCCGUACCAGGCCAAGCUUGAGCGGCUGAAGCAGCGUCCGACAUAUACCAAGGAUGGAAAGAAGCGCAUCCAACCUCUUCUGGUGUCUGGCGCAGGAGCUGCCGAGUCCUCUCUGCCACAAGCUCGACUAAUGGCUUCGGUCAGUAGCCAAGUGAAGGCCGACACCCCACAAUCGAUUGUGGAUCUCUCCAAGCCUUUCGAUGGCUUGCCCAAGGGUGGUCUGCAAGCACUUCUUUUCGGAAACAAGCGGAAGCUUGCCCAGCUGGAAGGGGAUGACGAUGGGCAUGUUGAGAAGCGCGUGGCGCUGGCCAGCCAGAACGGCGCCACCCCGAUUCUGGCAAGCACGCCGGAUGGCCUGCUUCCUGCUCAACCGCAGCCGGCUGCCGCUGGCCAGCAACAAACCCCGAGUUCAUUCGACCCGCCCCAGCUUCGGUUGGCGGUUCCAAAGAUCCGCAGUCAGAUUCUGCGAGCGAUCGAUAACACGGGGAAACCGAUGGAGCCCCCCAAUGCAUCAGGCGAGUCCAGCAAAUCACGGGUCGAUAUUGUUUUCGAAGCACGCAAUCCGUCUCCGGCCAGCUUGACAGGACGAGCGGUCGAUCGAGAGCCGGUGCGCCUCACGCUCUUCCGUGGUGAGCAGCCGUUGUGGCAGGACUUUCUUCCCCGGACCGUCCUUCUGGUGACAGGUAACCACAGCCUGUGGGCUGCAGCCUGCGAAGACGGCUCGGUGUACAUCUGGACGCCGGCUGGUCGUCGCCUGGUCAGCGCCCUUGUACUCGAAGCACAACCAACGAUUCUCGAGUGCAAUGGCCCAUGGAUUCUCUGCAUCUCCGCCGUGGGCAUGUGCUACGUCUGGAAUGUGAAGCAUCUUUCCUCUCCACACCCUCCCAUCUCACUGCAGCCGGUGCUUGACGCAGCCGUCCACACGCUGGGCGCACAUCCCACGGCCGCACCUGCCAUCACCAACGCCCGGAUCAACUCCGAAGGUCGAGUGGUGGUUGCCUUGUCAAAUGGCGAGGGUUAUUCUUACUCGCCGUCCAUGUACACCUGGCAGCGAAUCUCCGAAGUUUGGUGGGCCGUGGGCAGUCAGUAUUGGAACACCACGGAUGCACCCGUGGGCAAUCUCCAAUCGACUGACUCACAGCAGGAUCAAGAUGCUAAGGCAGCAGUGUCGGCUGGAAUCGUUCCAUUCCUGGAGCGUAAUACCACCAACGAGACGCUGUUGCGUGGACGGGCCUACUUCCUUCAGCGGCUUAUCAAGGUGCUUCUGUCGCGUGAGGGCUACGAGAGCUUCGAGUCCAGCGUCUCCAUUGCUCAUAUGGAGAACCGACUCGCUGCCGCUUUGUCCUUGGGCGCCAAGGAAGAGUUCCGUCUGUAUUUGUCGAUGUACGCUAAGCGACUGGGAGCCGAAGGGCUGAAGAUGAAGGUGGAAGAGCUCCUGAAGGGGUUGAUCGGCGGGCUGUUUGAAGAGGACGACACAGGCACCGUCCGUCGUUUACAGGACAACGAGCAGGAUGACCGAAAUUGGCGCGAAAGCUCAGAGACUCUCUGUGGCUGGCCACGGGAGGUGUUAUUGAAAGAGGUUAUCCUUUCCCUUGGAAAACAUCGCGAUCUCCAACGCGUAACAGUUCCGUAUGCCAAGCUUCUAGGAGUCGUAGACAACGAAUCUGAUGCCGGUGAUGCUAUGGAAACAUAGGCCACGCGAUCGCACGGCUUGUCUUCGUUUUUUGUUUGGCGUUAUGCUGGCGUUGGCUCGGUGCUGCUUCUUACUGGUCCGGAAUGGCCGGACGUAUGGGCUGGAUGGAUGGGGAGGGAAUCGUCUUCGUGACUUGCAUUUCCUUACUUUGCAUGCUAUGUAUGUACCAUAUUAUUUAUUGCUUUGGCGAUGUCUCUAUUUUGAGUGGUGCUUUCUUUGCCUUUCUGUCGUCAUCGCUGCCAGCAUGGAUAUUAUUAUUGCUCGUUGCCAGGAAGCGGUGCACAAUGCGGAUACCAGAUGACCCUUAUAUCUAGCGCUACAACCAUUAAUUGUUUUUACGAUG